AUGGAUGGUGGUUACGGAAAUUACACAACCACCUCCUACGGUGGACAAGGUGGUAUGGGCGGAGGAGGCUUUAUGCCUGGCGAGACCAACAGUCCUGCUGCCGGAAGGCAAGGCGAAAACCCCACGCUCAGACCAGUAACGAUCAAGCAAAUACUCGACGCAUCUCAAGCCCACCCCGAGGCUCCUUUCCAGAUUGACGGUGCGGAUAUUGGAUCUGUUUACUGUGUUGGGCAAGUGCGCAACAUCUCAACGCAAAGCACGAACAUAACCUACAAAAUCGACGACGGCACUGGUGAAAUCGAAGCGAAACAAUGGGUGGACUCCACAACGGCACGUCUAGAAGAUGACAUGGACGUGGAUGGACAAGGAGUCAAACAUAGCACACGCAAAAAGGUGGAAUUGAACGGAUUCGUGAAGGUGUUUGGGAAAUUGAAGGUUUUCGGAAAUAAGAGGUUCCUUGGAGCGCACAAUGUGCGCCCAUUAUCGAACGUCGGUGAAUUAAGUGUGCAUUUUCUGGAGGCGACGGCAGUACAUUUGUUUUUCAAGCAGGGGCCGCCUCAAUCGAAAUCUGGUGGCGUUGGUGCUCCAGCGAAGGGCGCAACAGAGGACGCAACGGGAGGAGCAGAUAGUUACAGUGCUGGGGCCGGCGGACGACAACUUCCACCCAUGUCUGCGUCGGCACGGCGAGUCUAUAAUUUGCUGAAGAGCGAACCUCAGACAAACGAGGGUCUUCAUAUGCAGAAUAUUUCUGCGAAACUGGGGCUGCCAUCGACAGAUGUUAUCAAGGCUGGCGACGAACUUUUAUCGGCGGGACUGAUCUUUCCCACUAUGGAUGAAUAUACUUGGGCUAUUUUGGAGUAUUGA